UCCUCGGUGGCAGCAGGUCACACUAGAAUCUUCAAUUGGUAGAACCGGGCAGAUGACAUCUGGACUUCCAUUCCUUCUUCCCCCUCUUUUUUUUGCUUUUCACAAGAUAUUCUCAUAGAUACUGUGCUGGGACACCCCAGGAAGCCUCUUUCCUGAAAAAGGUAAGCUCUUGGCUGUGAUACUGUAUUGCAGUCAUGGCGCCUAAGAAGAAGAAUGUCAAAAAGAACAAGAUGGAUAUCAACGAGUUGACCAUCAUAGUGGAGGAUGGACCACUCAGCAAGCUCAAUGGAUUGAAUACCCUCCUAGAAGGAGGCAACGGUUUCAGUUGUGUUUCCACAGAAGUUUCUGAUGCUUUCUAUAGUCCCAACCUCUUGGAAGGUUUGUGUAGGAUGAGACUGGAAAAUUUUCUCUGUGAUUUAAUAAUUGGUACCAAAACCAAGUCCUUUGAUGUUCACAAAGUGGUGAUGGCAUCAUGUAGUGAUUACUUCCAUAAUAUCCUAAAGAAAGAUCCAUCAACUCAAAGAGUGGACCUUAAUGAUGUAUCACCACUGGGCCUAGCCACUGUGAUUGCAUACGCCUAUACUGGAAAACUUACACUAUCCCUGUAUACUAUAGGUAGUAUUAUCUCCACAGCCAUUUAUCUUCAGAUACAUACCCUUGUGAAGAUGUGCAGUGACUUUCUGAUGCAAGAAAUCAAUGUGGAGAAUUGUAUGUAUGUUGCCAACAUUGCAGAGACAUAUGGACUGAAAACUGCUAAGGAAGCAUCACAGAAAUUCAUUAGAGACAACUUCAUUGAGUUUUCUGAAUCAGAUCAUUUCUUAAAGCUUACUUUUGAACAGAUCAAUGAACUUCUUGCAGAUGAUGACUUGCAGUUGCCUUCUGAACUUAUUGCAUUCCAGAUUGCAAUGAGAUGGCUGGAAUUUGACCAAAAAAGAACUAAGUAUGCUGCAGAUCUUUUGAGCAACAUUCGGUUUGCUACCAUCUCUGCCCAGGACCUGGUGAAUUAUGUACAGACUGUACCAAGAAUGAUGUUAGAUACAGAUUGCCACAGACUUCUGGUAGAUGCCAUGAAUUACCACUUACUUCCUUACCACCAGAAUACUCUACAGUCAAGAAGAACCAGGAUUCGAGGAGGAUUACGAGUCCUAGUUACAGUCGGGGGACGUCCAGCUUUAACUGAAAAAUCCCUCAGCAGAGACAUUUUAUACAGAGAUCCUGACAAUGGAUGGAAAAGACUUACAGAGAUGCCUGCCAAGAGCUUCAACCAGUGUGUCGCUGUGAUGGAUGGGUUUCUCUAUGUAGCAGGUGGUGAAGACCAGAAUGAUGCCAGAAAUCAGGCAAAGCAUGCAGUCAGCAAUUUUUGCAGGUACGAUCCUCGCUUCAACACUUGGAUACAUCUGGCCAAUAUGAAUCAAAAGCGCACUCAUUUUAGUCUGAAUGUGUUCAACGGUCUCCUUUUUGCAGUCGGUGGUCGCAAUUCUGAAGGGUGUCUCUCUUCGGUUGAAUGUUAUGUCCCUGCAAUUAACCAGUGGCAGCUGAAGUCUCCACUGGAGAUGCCCAGGUGCUGCCAUGCUAGUGCAGUAGUAGAUGGUAGGAUCUUGGUCACAGGAGGCUACAUCAAUAAUGCUUACUCCCACUCGGUUUGUAUGUAUGAUCCUGCUAGUGACAACUGGCAAGACAAGGCCAGCCUUAGCACCCCGAGAGGAUGGCACUGUGCCAUUACCCUAGGAGAAAAGGUCUAUGUCAUGGGAGGGUCCCAACUGGGAGGGCGAGGGGAAAGAGUCGAUGUGCUUCCUGUUGAAUGCUAUAGUCCAUAUUCUGGCCAGUGGAAUUAUGUUGCUCCUCUUCCAACUGGCGUGAGCACUGCUGGUGCUUCUACUCUUAAUGGAAGAAUUUACUUAGUGGGAGGUUGGAAUGAAAUAGAAAAAAAAUACAAGAAAUGUAUUCAGUGUUACAACCCCGACCUUAAUGAAUGGACCGAUGAAGAUGAGCUACCUGAAGCCACCGUAGGAGUGUCAUGCUGCACCAUUGCCAUGCCCAACACUAAGACCAGGGAAUCGAGAUCUAGCUCAGUAUCUUCAGUACCAGUUAGUAUUUAAGUUCUUUUUUUAAUUAACCCCCCCUAUGGAUUUAAAAAAGCUAUACUACAUUUUUAAAACAUUUCUUUCCCACUACUGGGUUGUAAUCCCUUUUAGGAAGUGUCCCUAUCAGAAGGGAUUGAGGAGAGAAACAUUAAAUACUAUUGGCAUGUAUUUCAGUUUUAUAAAAUGAAAAGUGGCCAAUUUUCAUGGAAUUGAAAACACAUGGUAUGACCAAAGAAAUUUAAAUCUAAUACAUUUUAUGCACUACAAAUGUGCACUGUGAGACAAAGGCCUCUGAUCCAUUGAUCAUAACAGAGCAAAGUACCUUACUUCCUGUGGGACCUCUUGUUCAGAUUCUGCAAUCGAUUUAGAGAAACUUGUUUCCAAGCAGAUGGCUCAAAGCAUGGCUGAUAAGAAGGCACCGUUCAGCUAAGUUUCUCUCCAUAGAGAGAAGAUAAAAUGUGGAACAAUAUAUCAGAAUUACAAAUGGAAGACUAAUAUUUCUAAAGUCCAUGGGCAUCUGUAGUUGGGGGCAAAUGAUAUCAUGCCCAUCAUAAUAUCAUAGGGCAAAGGACAUGAAUUAUAUAAUUUGCAACAAAGAUACAACUGAGGCCAAUUACAGAAUUCACAUUAUUUGCAUGUUGACACCAGUUAUCCUGACUUCUUACAGACAUCUCUAUUGGAAUCCUCUGCAACUUUCUGUGAACGAAACAAAAUAAUGAGACUUAUCUGGAAGCAAUUAGUAUUUUAAAUAAGGAUUUAUUCCCAGAAUGCAAUGCUUUGCUGUACUAUGAUUUACUGAAUAAAUCAUAAUUGGCUGAGCUACACAGUAAGCUAAAUCAUUGCUUACAAAGCUUAGUGGCUCAAUUCCCAUGACAUGCUAAAUCACAGGCAAAUCACAUAUAGCGAGUUAUAUGAAUCCACCUAUAAUCUAUAAGAUGAAAAUAUGAGAAAUAUAUCUAUAAGUAAAAUCUAAAACUCUUAUCAUAUUUCUGCAGUGCCUGGGGCAAUGUCAACAUUUCAUUAAAAUGUUUACAUGAAACAAUAAAUUUUACCCUGUGGUUAAGCUUAUGAAACUGUGGUUAUGCUGACCCAAGGUCUGCAAAAAGUCAGAUGAUAUGUCAUCUGAAUUUGGAAGGUAGGGAAUUUAGCUUAAGGUUUAAUUCACUUCCUUCCUAAACAGAAAGCAAAAAUAGAUGCACAGUGCAGCUGCUCCAACCAGGGACCUCCUCACACAGUUUCUUCAACUCAUGCAUGUUGUGUGGAAUAAGAUAAAGAUGCCAGAGAAAAGGUGGUGGCUUAGCUUUUUUUCACUCUAUAUAAAUGAGUCCAAUCCAUCACUUAAAAAAAAAAAUUACACCACACACACACACACACACACACACACACACACACACACACACACACAUCAGGAAAUGUCAGCCAGGCAUUUCACAGCUAAGAUGGCGGGGAUACUUGAUGACAUAUCAUCAAGGUUUCUUCAUGGUAUUCAAUAUCAUCUGGUAUGGCAUAUAUACAUAUAUGGUUAGCCCCAGGUGGUUAGAAAGUUACAGUAAAGAAAUAGUACAUCAGGUUUCAUACAUUGCACUAAACUAUUAUGUAUUUAGUUCUGUCUUACCAAGUUCUACAAAUCUAGCCAACUGUGCUUUAUUCAAUAAACCAUAAAUUCCAAAACAGCCAUCUAUGCAACACACAGUGUAUGAGGACUGUCAUGUAAGUAUGUGCCUCAAGAAGUCUUUCCCUCCACUUUGUUCCUUAUAUAUCUUGUACUCCCAGCCCAAUUCUGUUCCAAAAACAUCUAUAACUCUCCGGAAAACAGUCUGAGGACGCAUUAAGAGGAAUGAGUUGCCUCCCACCAUUUCACAAAGAAAAGCCCUUCUGCUCAUGAAAGGUCUUAAAUGCGCCUAUCCAAAAUUUCUGUUGACCUUAAUAUUUCUGAAUUGUAUUCUGAGAGUUUCAUUUCUCUAAUGCCUCUUUAAAAAUAAGCAUCAUUGGGCUUAAGGGAGCUUCUUUUUAAACAAGCAUACAUAAAAUUGCAGCUUUGAUUGAGUUUAAUGGUCUUUACUUCCAGGUAAGUGUGCACUUAAAUUUGUCUUGAUCAUACCAUGUAAGUUUUUUUUAAUGGUAAACAAUUGCUUCAUAUUUGAUCCAUAACAAAAAAAUGUUUAUAUAUUGUUUUUUUAAUCAUUGUCCUCCCUAUCAUAGUCUAAUGUAGUGGUUCUCAAUCUGUGGUCUGCAGACCCCUGGGGGGACACGAUGUUGUCACAGGAGUCCAUGGAGGAUUGGAGAAAUGUUAUGAUUUAAAUCUUGAGUUAAGUCUUGGGGGUCAGUGGCCAUGGUCUGAGGCCACAAAAGGUAUUUAAAAGGGGUCUGUGGUAAAGAAAAGGUUGAGAACCACGGUCUAAUAUAUUUCUCUAAUGAUUUACCACAAGUAAGUUGAAAUUUGGAAAAUUAUUUGGUCCAAUAAGUUAAUAGCAUUGUUUAGAAUAUCUGACAGGGAUCCAAAAUCUUCAUGUUAAUUUACCAAUGCUUUCAUUUGAAUUGCUUACAUAACAUAGUAUGGAAGAAGAAGAAGAAGAAUGAAGAUACAACUAAAUUAGUCUGAAAGGUGUGCUGUUACUGUUGUUUGAUACUUGAAUGGCCCUGUCAGCAUGUGUCUGUCAAAGUUUAAACCAAUAAUGUAAAAAUAGGAAACAAUUUCUAUUUCUUUACGAGCUGCAAAAGCAAAAUAACCCAAUUUGUUUGGGACUUUAUUUAUAUUUGUGGGCAGGGACUGGGUGGGAAGGAACAAGAUAAACCAGAAGUUCAUAUACAUCUGGGUAUGCACAAAUGUUAUCAGCCCUAAGUAAAACAAAAAGCACAGAUGUUGCUAGACUAGACACUUGAUCUGAACUGAUUCCAGCAACGUACUACUUAACAAAGCAAUAAUCCCACAGUUAUCAGGUAUCUUCUAUGGCCUUACCAUUCCUGAUGCCACUGGCCAGGACCAGUUUUUUCAAAGUCUAAUUAGAGCUGGGGCACGCCAUAUCUUGUGAAUAAUUGCAAUGGCACCUGCCUAGAACUCCUCAGUGAUGUACCAUUGAUAUCCUUUGAUAGUAAGAUUCAUUAUCAAUCGACACAUGUAAGAAAGAAACAAUUACACCAAGGAGUAAUUCUCUACCCCCAGAUAGGAAAGCAUACUGACAAUACUAGCAUUGUACAAUAGGGUAACAGGCUAGAGGCUUGCUUCAUAUCAUUAUCUCUGACAAGAAUAUAUAUUUAUGAUCGAUAUA